AUGGCCGGCGGCAAGGGAAAAUCCAUCGGUGGCAAAGGUGCCCCUGGCAAGGACGCUGCGGGGAAGGCCCAAAAGUCUCACAGCGCAAAGGCUGGCUUGCAGUUUCCAUGCGGUCGUGUCAAGCGUUUCUUGAAGAACAACACGCAAAACAAGAUGCGCGUUGGUGCUAAAGCUGCUGUCUACGUCACUGCUGUCCUCGAAUACCUGACCGCCGAAGUUCUCGAAUUGGCCGGCAACGCGGCCAAGGAUCUCAAGGUUAAGCGUAUCACGCCGCGUCACUUGCAACUCGCCAUCCGUGGUGAUGAAGAACUGGACACUCUGAUCCGCGCAACCAUCGCCUACGGAGGUGUGCUGCCCCGUAUCAACCGUGCACUACUUCUCAAGGUCGAACAGAAGAAGAAGAACAAGCCCGAGGUUUAA